UUUCCGAUUUAUGGGGCGUUUUCUUUGCUUUAUUUCCCCUCCUAGAGUUUCGAGUUAACGUCCAUUACGUCACCGAUUACACGCGCCACCAGGAAGAACCGUCCCUGUUUGGGAUCAGCUGUGUUGUUGUUUUUUCCCCCUUGAAGCAGUUCCGACUAUUAACAAAGAGGUUUGACGGUUCAGCACAGGUGUGUAAGGAGCUUCAUCAUGACACACUGGUUUCACAGGAAUCCUCUAAAGGCCACUGCGCCAGUGUCAUUUAACCUAUAUGGAGUGGCCUCCAGUCCUGCUGCCAGUAAAAUCUGCAACGAUCUGAGGACAACGAGAGCAAGGCUUUUGGACAUGUUUACAGAUGCUACGUGCACUCCGGAGAUCAUGAAGAAAGCCUCUGAUGAGUACUUUUCCCUGUUACAGGGGUUCAUCGUUUCUCUGGAUGGAACCACGAAAGAGAACAAGCUUCGCUUCAUUCAGAACUUUAGGUGGACUGACACUUUGCAAGGAAACAUACCAAGCUCUCAGCAAGAUGCUGUGUUUGAGCUGGUGUCCAUGGGGUUCAAUAUUGCUGUUUGGCAUUCCAAAUAUGCAUCCAGGCGUGCGGGAAAGGAAAACAUCACUGAAGAUGAAGCAAAAGAUGUUCAUAAGAAUCUGAAACUUGCGGCUGGAAUUUUUAAGUUCCUGAAGGAGACUCAGAUACCCCGCCUCAUCACUCCAGCAGAGAAAGGCAAAGACUUGGAGCCCAGGGUGAUUGACACAUACAUUGUGCAGAGUCAAGCGGAGGCUCAGGAAGUGACCAUCGCCCGUGCCAUUGAACUGAAGCACAAUGUCGGUCUUAUUGCAGCUUUGGCACUCGAGACCGCAAACUACUAUCAGAAGGCUGAUCACACUCUGAACACUCUGGACCCCGAGUGCAGCAAUAAAUGGAGAAAGUAUUUGCAGUUAAAGCAGCACUUUUACAUGGCUUAUGCACACUGCUACCAUGGACAGACUCUCCUUGCUAGUGACAAGUGUGGUGAAGCCAUUCGCUCUCUUCAAGAGGCUGAAAAAUGUUAUCUGCGUGCAGAGACACUGUGUAAAGAAUACCGUCAGACCAAAGGCCCGGGCAGCACUGCCAAACCCUCCGAACAGCUUUUCUUCACGAAGCUUGGCGGACUGAUCAAAAACACUCUGGAGAAAUGUCAGCGGGAAAAUGGCUUCAUAUAUUUCCAUAAAGUACCUGAAGAAGCACCUGCUUUGGAGCUGAAGGCAAGUUACGGUCUGGCAGAGCCCAUUAUCUUUGAACUUCCACCUCUCAGCAGCCAAUGUACUCCUGAGGUCUACGCCACCUUCGAUCUCACCAGAGGGCCGAAAGACGACAAGGCAACGAAACCCAAGCAGGAAGAGGAGAUUAAGCCUGUGAAGGAACCUGAUCUCAAGCCCCAGAAAGACACUGGAUGUGUGAUCUCUUGAGCACUUUGAGGAACACCUGAGCUCAACAGUGUAGAUACAUUUCUGGUUCAUUAAGUCUUAAUAUGAUGCCUCACAUCAUGGCUCAUUAUUUAUAGCUGUAUGAGAUCUGCAGUACAGAGGGUGGAGGUAAUGCUCAUGUCAACGUAACGGAUUAACUUUAUGUACCGUAUUAUUUUUUUAUUAUUAUUAUUGUUUCUGCAAAAUCAUUCAUUUACUCCAUAAAGUGAUUUUAUAUUUCUAGUUAAGCGUGUAUCGAGGUCCACUGAAAUGCUGAAAGCCACACACGUCAUAUCUGUGUCCAUUUUAUUCAACAUUAUUUUCUUUUGCUUAACUCUUCUAAAACUACUUGUGAAGGAUUGAUUUGUUGUUUUGAUCUCUAGUUGAUUUGAGUUCUUUGAGAUUUUGAUGUUUGGGUAUGAAAAAAAGGUCACUAAUCUGUAGAGCAAGUAAUGUUGAUUAAAUUAAAACAUGUACAUUUUAUGCAUAACUUAUAAGAAAAAUAAUCAAUCUGUAAACGGAAGCUGGUUAUUAAAAUAUAUUAUAAAUAAAGAAAAAAACGCAUGUUUUAUUUUAAUAUUUACGGUUCAUUAAAAAAAUACCAGGAAUGUGAACAUAUAUAAUACCAGGAGUGUGAAAUUCUGUUCAUUUGGCACAUGCAAGAUUUGGGGAGCUCUCAGAACAGCCGAGCGUGAAGUUAGGAAACUGUCAUUAUGUCAUUAUGGCAAGGAAGUGAAAGAAGGUUUCAACAAAUUUUCAGUCAGUGUUCAGUAGCAGUGCCUUUGCUGUCUGGAUCAGUGCAUCGAUUUUGAAAGACCACGAUCAUAAAUUGAAUUCGUUGUAAAUCUGCUAUCAUGGAUUAUUUAUAUAUAUAUAUCCCCACUGUAACGUUACCCAUAUGUUGAAGAAUCCAUGCAGUGAAAAAUCGAGGUUUUUCUGAGAGUGUACUGUUCCUAAUAAAGUGGCCAGUGGAUGUAUUUUAAUCCCCGAUGGUUCUGUAAAAAAAAAAAAGUGAGAUGUCUUAUAAAAUGUAACUUGAUUUGAAUGUUAUGUAGUAACACAAACGUGCUAAAAUGUUCGGCAUAAAACUCACUGUCAUGUAUUUAAUGCUUUCAUGCAGUAAACUGUUUAAGUGUU